CAACUAACCACUUCAUCUAAACAUCUCACCAAUGGAGUUCCUGCUCGGUGGUGCAUCCUCCAUGUGUGCCGUACUGUUCACAAACCCUCUGGACGUCCUGAAAACUCGCCAACAGCUCGAAGGUGAGCUGAUAGCGAAACAGAACCCCACAAAGCGUUCGUACAGGGGCAUCCGUCAGUCCCUCCUCACGGUGGUCCAAACGGAUGGGUUGCGUGGCCUUCAGAAAGGACUACCAGCAGCCCUACUCUUCCAGUUCUCCAUGAACAGUGUCCGGCUGGGGACGUAUCAAACCGUAGACAAUCUUGGCUGGACGAAAAGUGCUAACCAUCCCUCACUGACACCGCUGCUAUCGGUGUUCUGGGGCGGGUGUGCCGGUCUCGUGAGUGCCACUGCAUCCUGCCCAUUCUACGUAGUGAAGAUACAGCUCCAGGCGGUCACUUCGGGGUCGUAUACGGCACGGUUUCAGCACCAUCACAACGGCACAGUGUCGGCGUUUGUGAACAUUUACCGGCAGAGUGGCGUUCGAGGGCUGUUCCGGGGGUAUCCCGCAUCGGUAGCUCGUCUUGUCGUGGGCUCUGCUGCUGAAAUGGCUUCGUUCAGUGUGUGUAAGCAGUUGUUCUUGCGCUAUGAAGUAUUUCAGGAAUCGAUCGUGCUGACCGCGCUGGCGAGCAGUACGGUAGCGGGAUUUUUUACAAGCGUUUUGAUGUCACCGUGCGAUGUCGUCACUACACGCAUGACCAAUCAAGCCGUAUCUGCCAAUGGAAAGGGCCUGCUGUACACCAACAUCUUCGACUGCUUCCUGAAGAUCUACCGAUCGGAAGGCAUCCACGGUUACUACAAAGGAUUCGUCCCGAUGUAUCUGCGCGUUGCUCCACACACGAUGCUCAACCUUACCUUCUGGGAGUUCUUCAAGGGUCUUCAUGAGCAGUGGAGAAUAUAAUGGGGAAAUCGACUCAAAAGUCUGCCUAAAGACUGUAACAGUUCAAAGUGUGCAGAUUACAUUGAAGUUAUCGGAACUAACUUCAUUCAGUCCCAGGAAAUAGUAAUGAUCUAUUUCCAAUGAACGCUUCCCAGCAAAGUAUGCGACUACAGUUCUAUGUAAAAUCUAAAUGCCUACUUACCCAGGUCCACAGCACACAAACCGACAGUAAUGAGAGAGCGUACAGAACAGUCGGGUUAAAUGUGAUUCCUUUACCGCGAAACGCACGCAUUCCGGAAGCAAUCCCCAAGCAACAAAGGUGCCCCGAGUACUUCCCCAGUGUUCUCAAGAAUUUGCUAUCCCCAUUAUCGCGAAGUGUAAUAAAGUUAGAUCGAACAAAACCGG